AUGCAAGAUGUGCGAUCAGCGUUUUAUUUUUUUGGCAUUUUUAGAAUCCCUUUGUUUAAGAUGAGAACAAUCCGAGAUGGUCUCGCAGAUGCUGGGAUCACGCGGGAGCAGCUUAGAGAGAAAUGGCAGCAAAAACAUGGCAAGCAGUAUGGGGGUCCAUGGCCAGAGCCACUGUCAAACUAUCUUGAUGCACAGUACUAUGGUGAAAUCAUGAUCGGAACUCCAGGACAGAAAUUUAAAGUUGUCUUUGACACUGGGUCUUCCAACUUAUGGGUUCCUUCCAAAAAAUGUUCAAUCACAGAUAUUGCCUGUUGUAAGUAUAGAAAUUAUAGCCUCGUACCUGACCAUCCUCGUUUGUUUUAUCCCAAGUAACUAAUUGGGAACCCAUGUUUGUAGGCAACCAGCUCUAGAUAUGACCACUUUGUUGAAUUAAAAUUUGGUCGCUUACAAGAACCUUGAUUCACGAAUUGAAAUUUCGAGAGUGAAGGAGGACUUAAAAUGUUAACCUUGUAGUACUCUUUUGAAUCUCCAGUACUACAUAACAAAUAUGACAGCAGCAAGUCAAGCACUUAUGAAAAAAAUGGAACAGCUUUUGCAAUCAGAUAUGGCAGUGGCAGCAUGAAAGGAUUUCUAAGCACUGAUACUGUUGAUGUAAGUGUGAAAAAAUUAUUAUAUUAGUCAUGUAACAGAUCGACCAGGUUGUGACUCAGACUCACUGUCAAUAUACAGUUGAGUGUUAUAGUAUCAUAGCUAUAUACUUUAAAACAAAAGUUUUGAGGAUUGCAUGAGUUAUAAGCUACAUUGUACAUGCAAAAAGAGUUGUUUUGUCAAGGCUUCAUUUUUGUCAGUGGUUGCAGUGUGUUUAAUUUCUUCUUCGUCAGCCCAAUCUCACUUCUUUAUCAUUUUAAUGGCUUGAAUGAAUCAAAAACUGUGCCGGUGGGGCGAGGGUUGGGGUACUCCCUGAUUUAGGCCAUACAGGUAUGUGCCAACCCAUUGGGUAGGGUUUUUGCACUUUUUGGGUCUGAAAAUGGCUAUAGAUUUUGAUUUUGGUCUGGAAUUGGAUAUGGGUUUUGAGGAAACUGUGGGAGUGUAUGAACCUAUUUAUCGUUUCAAUUCCAAAUGAGUAAGAAAGAAGGAGAAAUAUGCAAAUUCUAAAUGGAUUUGAAGAAUCUUUUUGUUUGCGCUCUAACAUUAGUAAUAAAGACAUAAUUUUUGCCUAAAGGCCAGGUCUGAAAACAGGUAUGGACUUUAGCGGUCUCAUCUGAAAACAGGUGAAAAAUGACAAUUUUUGGUCUGAAAUAGGGUCAGGAUUUCAAGAACCGGGCGGCACACCCCCACGAAGAAUUCCCAGAAGUAUCCACCCCGGGAAACUAAGGGACUCAGCUUUUGUAAAAAGUUUCAAUUUUCUUUUGUCUCGACAGAGGUGAUAUAUGUACAUGUACUUUAAAAAGUACUUAACAUGAAGGAAAUUUUUUGUCUUACUUUUUGUCAUUUUAUUUUGUUUCCCGAUAUUGUCCCAGUAAGAAUUUUCAUUUGCCUUUUGACCUAAAGUACUCUUUGCUUGAAAUGUUCACCAAUAUUGAUUGUUCACUACAAGAACUGAUUUUCCAGGAAAAUGUAAGUGCUAUUUUUAUUAUUGUAGGUUGGCAGUUUAAAGGUUACACAUCAAACCUUCGCUGAAGCUACCAGUGAACCCGGAGUGGCUUUUGUUAUGGCCAAGUUUGAUGGAAUCCUUGGCAUGGGAUAUCCCACCAUAUCGGUUGAUAAUGUCCCUCCAGUUUUCCAGGGGAUGGUCCAACAGAAACUUGUUCCGGAACCCGUUUUCUCCUUCUACUUGGACAGGUUUGUUUGUUUAUGCUAAAAGUAACAAACUGACAUAAUCAAAAAGUCCACUAUCACAUUGAAUAGACCUUGCUUUGCAGACACCCUGCUUACACAAACUGGAUCCAAUUAAAAAAUCUGCGAAAAAAACUUCUUCAAAGUGUAAUCAAAUUCAACAAAGUAUUACAGCAAAAUUUCCAGGUUGUAGAUAAAAUUUGGAAAACUCUGAAGGGUUUUUUUUGGCAGAGUUUUUAAUUACAGGAAAUUGGCAUGUAGAAAAAUACAAGCUGUUAAUUUUUAUUAGAAUUGAUUUACUUCUUAAGAAAUUAAUGUGUUUUAUGGGCAGUAAGAAUUGUCACUUUCUUGUUUGUAUUGCUCAAAUUUUUUUAUCAAAGCCAUCUUAAUUUACAUUUGAAAAGUUAUUGAAUCCUUAGAAAUGCAUCAAAUACAGAGCAAACUGUGAUAAGCAGUAAUUCAGAUCUGCAUAUGUCAAGUUAACUAGAAAUAGUCUGUGGAAUAUUAAAGGCCGCAAGUGACUCCUGAUCUAAACAAAUGUACACCUUUCUUUGAUUUUUUUUUGACACUUUUCUCGGCAAAACUGUAAUCAUGAAAGAAAUAAAAUAAAAAUAAUUAACUAUAAUUACAAGAACAAUUAAAAACAAUUGCAGAUCCCCAAAAGGACAAUAGUGAAAAUGGGACCGUAGACCCAUGCAAGGCACUGCCCUGUUGUUACUUAUAAUUAAAAUUUCAAUAACAAUGCUGUUAAAUAGCUUAUUUUACCCUUGGAAAGUUUUGAUAAAGGCGGCUGAAAGUCAUCAAAACUGUCAGCAUCAUUAAGACGUUAAGACUGGCUAUGUUUUGAGAACAUUUAAAUCAAUGUACAGUACAGUUCUAGUAAUUGAGAUUUUGUUGUCCUCAAAAGGAACCCCUCUGGCAGCACCGGAGGUGAGCUUAUCCUUGGUGGCUCUGAUCCUAAGUACUACACUGGUAACUUCACUUAUGUUCCGGUCAGCAAGAAAGGCUACUGGCAGUUUAAGAUGGAUGGGUAAGUUUUUGUUUCUUUCCGGCUCUGUAACUGUAUGUAUGUUUGAGAUAGUGAACCACUUCCUGGCUCAGGGUAUACCAUUAAUUACAAGAAGCACAACUUACCAAUGUAGCCCAUUACUUGUGUGUGCCUUGCAUUUGUCAAGUCGAAACUAUUUUGAGCCCCUGAAACGGUGUAAAUUUGGUUCAUUUCCCCGUCACAUCCCUAAGCAUGGGUUUCAUUUGAGGCUAGCUGGAGGCCAGAACAAAUUUCCAGCAAUUUGUUAUUUUAAACCCUGAACUUUCACCAGAAACAUAUUAUUUUUAUUUCUUAGGUAAAAGUAAAUUGCUCAUAGCCACUUGUUUCUCCUAUGAAUCUGCUGCUUAAAAAAAAAAUUACUGAAGACCUUUCCUUUGGCUGAAUAAACAUAAUAAUCAAACAAUUAUUACUGCCAUUAUUUUUUUAAUAGUAUCAAUGUUGGUGGAACAGCUUUCUGUGAGGGGGGCUGCCAGGCCAUCGCUGACACUGGUACAUCUCUCAUUGGUGGACCUACUGCCGAAGUCAAGAAGUUAAAUGCACUGAUUGGAGCUUCACCCGUUGUUAGCGGAGAGGUAUGUACAUUCAACCAUUUGUCAAAAUGUAGUUGGGUACCAGCAACUUAGCCUGAGAAAACAGAUGUAAUUUUGCAACACCCCUAUUAGUUUCUGUGGAAACUGAUGUCUGAGAAAUGAGCAGAGAAAUUCCAUGCUGUUGAUGUGCAUAACCCGACUGAGUAGUGCUUCAAAUUGGAUAAAAUUUCAACCAGUCAGAAACACUACCCAGAUCAAGGUAAUGAGGCAUCAUCAGUUUUGGAAUUUCUGUGCUCAUUCCUCACACAUCAUUUCGCUUGAAAACUAAUGAUGGUGUCGUGAAAUGUUGGCAGUUUUGUCAGGUUACCAGUAAAGCUACAUGCAUAAAGCUCUGAUAUGGGUAAAUGCUCUAAAAGGACUCUUAUUGUGGUGAUUAUAAUGCAUUUCAUUUAUUUUUUUUAAUUAAUAGUACGUCAUUGACUGCAGCAAGAUUGAUUCCCUUCCACCGAUCGACUUUAUUCUGGCUGGAAAAAAUUUCACUCUCACUGGAAAGGAUUAUGUUCUGAAGGUUUGUACAUUGAUUUUCAAAAAUAACCUAUCAUCAGAAACUCGUUUCUGCUACCAUGCAACAGCACAGUACCAGUUUGAAGAAAACCUGUCAAAAAUUUCAUCUGUGUAUCUAUUUCAACUAUGUUUAUAUUAACCUGAGGUUAAGGUAUCCAGCCAGGUACACUUUGAAAAGAAUGGUAAGAUCUUGUAAGAUAUCCUCCACUAGCAAGAAAUAGUACUAAAGCAAAAUGUUUAACUGUAUUUCUUUAGUUUUGGGUGCAUUACAUUCUUCUGACCCUAGUUGUUCAGAAGUUGGAUAGCGCGAUCCACCUGAUAAAUCACUAUCCAGCAGUCAAGCAUUGGAAAACGAAUUGUGUUAUCCUGCACUCAACAGAGAUUUAUCCAGUUAUCUAGCGGAUAGUGUUGGAUAGUGCUAUCCAGCGGACGAGUAUGCAGGAAACUGAUUGUGUUAUCCACUCAACAUUUAUCCAGUUACCGUAAAAUUCCAGAAAUAAGUCCCGGGGCUUAUAUUUUUCAAAAGCCCCUUUUGAGGGGCUUAUAUUUGGAGGUGCUUAUCUACGGAGGGAAAUUUGUGUUUGAAAAUUGAUUAGGCUAGCCUUAUAGUGGGAAGGAAAUUUACCCUUUUUGCUUUGUUUUAAUUGUAUUUGAGGGCAAUUUCCAAGUACAAGCCCUGGGAGGGUUAUAUAUGGAAAGGUUAAUUUUCGGAAUUUGACGGUAUUUAGUGGAUAGUGUUGGAUAGCGCUAUCCACUUGAUAGAGAUUUAUCCAGUUAUCUAGUCAGGGCUGUCAUCGAGAGGCAGGGGCUGGGAUGUCCCCUGGCUACUAAGAAAGUGGCCCCCAGCUACUUCCAAAGGAAAAUAGAAGAAAAAUGAACCAAGAAAUCCUUAGCUGUUUGAUUCCCCGCCUACUUGUUAUAUUUACCUGGCAACUUGAAAUCUUAGUGACAACCCUAUAAGGUGAAAAGUGUUAUCCAGCUUCCAAACAACUUGGACCUGAAGUUUAAAUUUUAUCUUUCUUUUGCUUUCGUUAUGGAUAGUGACCUUGAUUUUGAAUCUGUUCCUUUGGUGUCCAUAUAACGGAAGUUUGACUGUAUAGAACACCUGUACAUGUAUAAGACAGACUCCUCUCUGAAAUAGAUAAUUAGAGUCGGUCAACGUCUGAUGAGUGAAAGCAAACUGCAUCUAAUAUGAAGUUUAUAGAUUUCUACCUCCAUCACUAGCACUGAAAAUCUGUCAGUGCUUUGAUGAUAUGAGAGUUAAGGUCGUGAUCUCCCAUCAUGGAUUUUGUAACUUCCAUCCUCUGUUCUACAUGUAUAAUUUUGUAUAAGAUGUGCAUGGAAACUGAACAAAGGAGAAUUUAAGUGCUUUCCAUUCAACCAAAAAGUCCGGUUUGAAUUUCGGCAACUUCCAGGAGCGAGUGGAAGAGCAUUUUCCAAAAUUUCCGAAGAGAGGACAACCUCGUGAGGUAUACCCAAAUUCUGGGAAACUUUUUCCUGGAAGUUUUCUUUCCAUUCAACUUUGCUUCCGGAAUUUCUUAAAUUUUCGACUGAGUUGUUCGCAUUUCGCAACAGUUUUGGGUAUUUUUCUUGGGAAUUUCUGUACCAUCUGCUGCUGUUUCCAAAUUUUUGAAACUGUUGCUUCAUUGAAUGGAAAGCACCCUUUGUACAUUGAUAUUUAACAAUUAAUGAAUAAGGCUGAGUAUGUUAUGAAGAAUUAUGGAGAUUGAGGAGGGUGUUAUCCUUCGAGGCCGUUGGCCAAGGCGGAUAACACCCUCUAAGAUCUCCAUAAUUCGUCAUAUGAUAUUCAAAAUAAUUUCUAGUAAACAUAGCUAAAACAUUCUUAACUCCAUCGAUGUUAAGUUCAUCUUCGAUAGUGCACGGUUAGGGGUUGUUCAGCUCUGCAGAUAGUCUCCAAAUAGCAGAUGUCACCCUUCGAGUUGUCUUCUUGCUGUUCUUGCCAUAUUUUAAGCCAUUAUUUCGCCUAGUUCUUACUGUUGAAACGAGUGAAGUGUGCGCCGUUUUUGUUUUCACAAUCAAAACACCUCAGCCUCAUCCCUAGGUAUUCUUGGUUAACGGUGCAUUAACCUGAAAGAAGGCUGUACUUUUGACGUCAUAGGUUCAUUAAUCGCAAAAUUCUUCCAAAUUUGGUCAUCAGUAACUGGUUAUGGUGAAUUAUGCGUGUGCUUUUAGCCAAUCAGAAUCGGGGAAAUAUUUUAAGUGAAUAAUAAUUGAGAUUAACAGAUCGUGUUUUUCUUCUCAGGUGACAGUUCUGGGUCAGACCCAGUGCCUCAGCGGUUUCCUGGGUAUUGAUGUUCCUGCAGGUCCCCUGUGGAUUCUGGGAGAUGUGUUCAUUGGCCCAUACUACACUGAAUUUGACUUUGGUAACAAUCGUGUUGGAUUUGCCAAGACUGUGUAA